AUGCAGUGCAACUUGGCGGCCUAUGUGGCUCGUGUGCAGGGAGACAUAAAAAAUGGGAAAGCAGGCAAGAUAGCCGUGAUCGAGCUGGACCGCAAUCCUUUGAAGGAUUUCGGCGGCGGUAUAGUCUACGACAGCACCCCGCCUCUGCGAACAAAAGGGCCGAAGCUGUGGCUGCUUCGGACACAAGAUGUCAAGGAAAAGCGCCCUUGGCAAGAGCACAGCUUGCAUAGGUACAUGCUACAAGAGGAAAAAGCUAUGCUCCAGGGGCACGAACCCCGAACCCCGUGGCUCUUCAGCAGCCAGACCCAAGCAGAGAAAGCAAUCGGUAAUGCUUACCACCCGUUGCAUUUGGGCAUCAUGCUGUGCCCUUUGCUGGAGAUUGCUUUCCUGCAGGGCAAGUUGAAGUCCGAGCCGCAGACCAUUACUCAGGAAGAGUUGUGGCAGCUAACCCCUCCCCCAGAGGCAGCUCUGGCAGCUCAGCUGUCAGAAGGCGAUGAAAUGGACGAGGGCUCUUGGCCGGAUGAACAAUGGGCGGAAGAGCAGGCCCAAAAGGCGGCCGCAGUUCACCCGGAGCCAACGAUGCCACUGCCCAUAAAGGUGAAGGUUGAGCCUGGGUGCAAGACUUGGGCUUUUGCCGAAGUUCACCCGGAGCCAACGAUGCCACUGCCCAUAAAGGUGGAGACUUGGGCUUCCGGCAGACUCAAAAUGGAAAGGUCCAAGCGGGACUCUGUGGUGAAUUUGGCUUCACCACAGAGGCGGGUCCGGAGAAAGAGAGGCGACUGCUAG